AUACGGUGGCACGUCACGCGACGCGUCGGGCAAUAUUAAUUAAUGAAAAUUCUAAUAAAGUGUUACUGUUAACAACUUACUAGCGUUUCAGGAAAUAAUUUUAUGAAAAUAUAAUAAAUAAUUUAUUAAUACUUUUUGGCCAAGCCUAAGUGAAGUGUUUGUGUGUGAUUCUUUUUAAUUUGCAUGGCCGAAUUUCAUGAAAAGAGAAUGUGAAAAAAUCUGUCUGCUGUCAGCUUUUCUGCUGCUGCUUCUUAUUCGCCAAUACAAUACAACAACAAAUAUAACCAAAAUAAAACGCAAAGAUGAAACGAAAAUAAAAGAAAACAAAAUGCUAAAAAGGUGUAAAGUGAAAACGUAAAUAAACCAGAAUAAACAAAAAUAAAUUGUUGUUAAAAAUAUAUUUUGCAGCGGCAUGUGUUGAAGAAAUAUUCAAGCUUAUCAAAGAAAAAAACAGUCUGGAACAAAUAAAAACAGAGCGGGGCAUUCGUUCACUCAGCAUCACCCAACUCUAGACUUUAUGGUCUUUAUCUCAAAAUAAUGAUUAUCGCAUAAUCACAAAUUUGGAAAGGUCGAAGAUUCGUGAUUCGCUCUUAUCGGUAUAAUCAAAAAUUAUCACAAAAUAAUUUGUAUCGAUUAUAAAAAAAUGUUGAAAUUAUUGAGCAGACAUUGUUGUCCACAUACCAAAAUAUCAAGAUCCGAUACUUUCUCUAGAAUAGCAAAGAAAUUUUCUUUGAAAUCUAAAAGAUAGAAUCACUUUGAACACAUCUGGAGAUUACAUCACAUCAUAUGCAAAUGAAGGCACUUAUGUCGGUAGUCCCAUUUAAAAGAACUCAUCAAAAUUCAUGCACAUAUACAUCAUUCCGAAAGUGCGAUUCGAAUCUCUUCAUCUAUUGGCACCAACUUCUUACAUCUCAUUUAAGCAAUUCAAUGCUUUUUAACUUCAUGGACAUUAUUACGCUGGCAAAACUGUCACAUAGAAGAGCACUGACGUUUAUAGAAACGCUGCUCUGUGAUUGAUUUGAUAUAUUUUUGGAUAAUGCCUUUAAUACAAGAAAUAAUCAACAAUAACAACAACAACAAUAAUAAUAAUAAUCUUGUCAAUAACAACAACAACAACAACAAUAGCAGUAGUUCCAAAGAAAUCAGUCUCAUCAAUCCAGCUGACAGUAACAACAAGAAUCUCAAUACACAAAAUCUCGAUAUCCAAGGUAUCGGCAAAGUCAUCAACAUCAAGGACAUGCACAAAAACGUUUCAGUUCAAGUUGAUGGUGAUUUUGCUCUCUUACUGCCUCGUGGAGUUUAUGAAAUACAAAAAAUGGAACCUCGAUCGAAGAUACGGACAAUUACCGCAAUUUGCCUUUUUCUGGCUAUAGCCGGCAUCAUUGGUUUUGGAUAUUUUUGUCAAGAUCAGGUCUGUGCUUUGUCGAAACGUAGCAUGAUUCUGCAACCCGAUAUACCGCCCUACAAUGAUAUACCAGCACCACCGCCCGGUGCCAUUGGUGCUGCCUCCGCCCAGGCAGCGUCCACGGGUGCCAUAAUGGUUCAUCAUCAAUCGCAUGGCCAACAUGGACAGCAGCAGCAGCAGGCACAUUUUCCAUCGGCUUUGGCCUCAACGAAAAGCAUUCAGCAGAAUAAUAUAAUUAUAGCCAAUGCUGGGCUGAGUUACGAUGAUGUCCUGAAUGACGAUUUCCAAUUUGAUAUGGAUGGCCAUGAUGUGAUGGUUUUCUUGCACAUACAAAAGACGGGUGGAACUUCAUUUGGUCGUCAUUUGGUGCGUGACUUGGAUUUAAAGCGUCCCUGUGAAUGCCAAAGACAACGUAAACGGUGUUACUGUUUCCGUCCUCAUCGCAAUGAGAAUUGGCUAUUCUCUCGUUACUCCACCGGCUGGAAAUGUGGCCUUCAUGCCGAUUGGACAGAGCUGACGAGUUGUGUUGAUCAAGAGUUGGACAAAAACGAAGGCGAAUCAGCUAAACGUCGUUAUUUCUAUAUAUCGCUGAUUCGUGAACCCAUAGCUCGAUAUAUGUCUGAAUAUCGCCACGUUAAACGUGGCGCCACAUGGAAAGGUUCCCGCCAUUGGUGUCUGGGGAAACAGGCGACUCAAAGAGAGUUGCCACCCUGUUAUAAAGGCAAAGAUUGGCUAGAUGUAACAAUAGAUGAAUUCGCUGGUUGUGAAUCAAAUUUGGCGGCGAAUCGUCAAACUAGAAUGUUGGCCGAUUUAGCCCUAGUAGGUUGUUACAACAAAUCAGCCAUGCCCUCACACGAAAGGGAGCGUGUGAUGUUGGCCAGUGCCAAAAGAAAUUUGGCGGCCAUGGCAUAUUUUGGCCUGACCGAAUAUCAAAAGAUCUCCCAGUAUAUAUUCGAGGAGACUUUUAAUCUUCGUUUUGCCAUUCCAUUUGAGCAGCACAAUACCACUUUGUCUGUCUCGGCCAUACAUAAUCUGAGGCCGGAUCAAAGGAGAAAAAUAGAAGAAUUGAAUAGCUUAGAUCUAGAAUUAUAUGCUUUUGCCAAAAAUUUAUUGUUUGAAAGAUUUGAACACUUAAAAGCUAAAGACAACGAUUUCGCGAAACGAUUUGCAAAUUUGGGUAACAUCUACUACAAGCAGGGUGUCACCGAAUUCAAUUGGGACAGCAACAUCGAUGAGACCGUCAGUACGGAGCAUUGAAAGUGGUGAUGAUAAUGUGGAUGGUGAAACAUCCUACAACAAUUAAAGGCAGCCCUCGCCCCAGAAAAAAAUCACUUUUUGGGAACAUUAAAAAAAGGAUUUUAUUUAAUCACACUCAUUACGAAAUCAACAAAUGCUGCCUGCAGCAUAAAAUGAAACAAGAAGAAACAAACAAAAAAAAAAGAGAAAGUGACUAAAAACAAAACCCUAAAAACGUUUGUUGCAAAACCAAAUAUUAUUAUAAAUAAUUAGUAUAUAUAUAUUAAUUAAUUAACAAAUUAAUUAAUUAAU